UCACAAUGUGUAAAUUUCAGAGUUUGUGGAAAAUGGAGGGGGAGGAGGGGUUUCAGGCCAGAUUGGUCGGCCUAGCUCCAGCAAUGGAGGCAAGUCACAGAAAUAUAGAGAUCUUGGAAAAGGAAUUCAGGGUUGGAAGAUCUCUUGAAGCUAAUCUUCUAAUCAAGGACAUAAACAUCUCGAGGGAGCAGGCCUUGUUCAGGUUCAAGGAGAACUCCUGGUUCAUCACUGAUCUUAGCUCUAAUGGUAUCAGGAUAAACGGAAAACGUAUAGUUAAAGGAGUUGAGACUAGAUUAAACUUCAAGGAUAAGAUUAUUUUGUCAGAUCAGAUUGAUAAAUAUAACUGGAGAUUUGUUAGCUAUACAGACAAGGAGAAUAUAGAUAUGGGAGCAGCAGAACAAUACAAUAACUCGACAACUGAUAGAGUAGUCAAUGAAUCUGUAAAGCGUUCUGCUGACAUGCUUCCGCCACCACAGAAACGAAUAAAAUUUUCUAAAUCUCCGCCAAUAGUUGACUCAAAGGAAAAAGCAGAGAGAGAACGAUUAGCCACAGAAAUAGAGGAACAAAGGAAAAAGCUGGAGAUGGAAAAACUCCGACUAGAGGCCGAGAUGGAGAAAAUGAAGGUGGAAAAAAGCGAGACUGAGGCGGAACAACGGCGGAGCCUGGAAGAGAUGGAAAGAAGAGAGGCGGAAAAUCAAGAGAAUAUGAGGCGGAAGGAAGAAGAAAACUUGUUGCAUCAGCAACAAAUUCUUCAACUUAUUCAAACUGAGAAGGACAGAGCCUCUAGUUCUGAGGAGGAGAACUUGAGGAAGGAGGAGAGAAUUUCGGAGUUGCAGGCCAGGAUGGAGAAGGUGAAGGAGGAGGCGGAGCUGAUACUGGAGCAGGAGAAGCUGGAGAAAGAGAAAAUAUCAAAUGAGAAGAAAAAGCUGCAGGAGGAGAGAGACAGGUUUGAAGCUGAGAUGAUGUUGUUAAAAGAGGAGAAGGCGAGAGCUGAGGAGGAGCAGAAAAACAAACUGCAAGAGAUGAAGAGGAAAGAGGAGGAGAACAUGAUCGAGCUGAAAAAGAAGGAAGAGGAGAACCAGAAAGAGCUGAAAAGAAAGGAAGAAGAGAACCAACUCCGUCAACAGGAAAUACUUGUUGCGAUCGAGAAGGAGAAGUUGAGUCUGUUUAGGGCGAUCAGCUCCGAGGAGGAGAACGUGAGGAAGGAGGAGAGAAUUCAGGAACUGCAAAGGGAGAUGGAGAAUACUCUUUUAGAGGCAGAGGCAUUCAAACAGCAGGGAGCCCGUGAGGUUUUGGAUCGAGUCGAAAAUACCCUUGAGCAGCAAAUGGUUUGUUCGACCUGUCUAGAGCUGCCCAUUCAUCCCGUCUUCCUUAACUGUGGACAUAGUUACUGCUGGCUUUGUCUAGAACAGUGGAAACAUGCUAAACAGCACUCCAGCUGUCCACAGUGCAGAGUGGACAUAACCUCAGAGUCUCGUGGUAUCAGUAUUGAGAAUAUUAUUGAAGCUCUGAUUUCCCAGCUGGGGCCGGACAAGGUUGAAGAAAGACGUGUAAAAGUUCAAGAACGUCAACUGCAAGAAACUAAAUUCAGACAGGACAGAGAAGCAGAUACUUCGAAAAACAUGGUUCAUGGAGGGCGGGGAAGAGGACGAGGAGGUCGAGGAGGCCGAGGGGGUCGAGGUAGAGGAGGGAUACAGGAUAUGUUGAUACCAGUACCUAAUAGACAACCUACACCUCAAACCCGACCUCCUCCUCCUGGGAACCCGGCUCCACCUCCCCAGAGUCAUAUCAGGUUCGGCGUAAGAGCUCUAGCUCAAGGUCCGAUUGUCGAAGGUUUUUCCGGAGGACAAAUCCGUGUUCUCAAUCCUGUAUUUCCGCCGCCUGGUGCAGUUAGAGUCACCACGCCCACUUAUCCCGCCCCUACACCUAUAGUCACAACACAGAGCAGUCAGAGGGUAUCAGUAAUUGAGGAAGCAGCAAAUGCUAUUGCAGCGGCAGCAGCUGCCUCUAGAGGAACAGUUGCCUCAACUAGGGGAGCAGCUGCCGCUUCUAGGGGAGCAGGAGCUGCUAGAGGUGCAGCAGCUGCUGCAGCUGCUUCUAGGAGUUCAAUAGCAGCUGCUACUAGAAUAUCUCCAUCUGCCUCAAGAGGAUCUGCAGCUGCUACAUCAGCAUCUAGUCCUGCAUCUAUGGUUAAUGAGAUGGUGGUUUAUGUCAGCUCUGAUGAUGAUGAGAACGAAAACUCUAGUGUGUCUGGUUCCUCUAGUUCCUCUGGUUCAUCUAAUUCAUCUAGUUCAUCUAGUUUAUCCGUAGAGGGGGUAGAGGGAUCAUACUACGGAGGGUACGGGGAGUGUUUCAACUGUGGUAGACGGGGACACUGGGCUCCUGGCUGUCCAUUUUAAAUAAAUAGUUCAGAUCCCUGAUUACUGUCCAUUUUCGUGUUUAUCACAGUUUUACACACUACACAGUCAUAGCAAGUUUCCAUUAAAAUAUGUAUUUGCAAUAUCCAUUCGAAUUCAAUAAAAAAAUGAUAAUUAAAUCUUUGAUGUUAAA